AUGGCUUUAGUUUUAGAGGCACCUUUGCGGGUUUUGGAUCUUCGUCUAGUUGAAUACUUCUUUGGCGGCAUGAGAACGCACAUGGACGGCACAAAGAAGGCAGUGGCGUCGUCCCGGUUCACGGAGCUAUCACAUGGUGUCUUUUCGCCGACCGUUAUGGAGCUCCUGUGUGCAGCUGUCGGUUGCCUGGUUGUUUGUAUCAGCACCUGUGGUACACACGCAGCCAGCUACACGGCUCGGUACUUCACGUACAGUACGACCGCCGUAUCAUGGAACACAGCCUACACUACCUGCUCCCUCACCGGGGGUCAUCUCAUCACGGUCGACAACAACGUCACCAUCAACGUACUCAAGUAUAUCCGUGCUCAACCGGAGGCCGCAGUUGUUUCAAACAAGAUCUGGAUGGGGUUGCACAACACUGCACCGACGUCGGACGUCCCUGAGUACGUUUGGGCUGACUGCAAACACCUCGACGACAACAACUCCAUGUGGCUUCGCGGGGAGCCAAACGAUGUGCAAACUGACCGUUGCAUAAUUACCACCUCUGAAUACGAGUGGAUGACGAAGCCCUGUACUCAAACCUAUAGCUUCUUCUGUGAAAACAUCGCCAACGUUUCACCAUUGAACAUGUUCAACUUCAAAGCCAGAGAUUAA